AAAUUUCAAAAUGGCGGCAAGAGCAGUUAGGAGAGGACUAGACCAUUUGAAAAGYAAAGAAUUUAGGGAGUACUUAUGCAGCACGCAUUUCUGGGGUCCAGUUGCAAACUGGGGGUUGCCGCUAGCAGCAAUUGCUGACAUGAAAAAAGACCCCGAGUACAUCAGUGGGAAAAUGACUGGAGCUCUUUGUAUCUACUCAAUGUUAUUCAUGCGUUUUGCCUGGAAAGUACAUCCGAGAAAUAUGCUCUUGUUUGCAUGUCACUUUAGUAAUGAAGUUUGUCAAUUAGGACAGAUGGGAAGAUUGAUAAAAUACAGGCUGGAGGGUGGUGARCCRYCUCAUGCAGUGGAAAUAACAGAAAGCUGAAAAUGUUUUUACAUGUACGUCUCUUACUUUUAUUUUUUAAUUCACAAGGUUUGACCAUCAGCUAAACGCUUAAACCUAASUAUGGGGCAUCUUGAAAGGUAGUCAUGCUUUUGCAUCAUAGUGAGGCAACUGUUGAGCUUGCAAUACUAGAAAUUUUCACACAUAAAAGACAGUUAUUCACAGCUCAAGGCUGUCUUGCUUCAAUGCAAAGGCACGGUUACCUUUCAAGAUGGCACAGGGAACCCAGUCAGUGUUCAUCUGACUAGAUCAAUGUUUUAAAUGGACCAAUCAGUCCCUAAUGUACUUCACUAGUUGCUGGAAAAUACAAGCAAUUAUAACUAUUUCAUUAUUUAUUUUUUUCCUUAUUUGAACUAUUUAAUGCAACUUGGAGUCAAAAACAGCGAAAGGUCUGCUUGCAGGUCAUCGUGACAGCUUUCAAACUGGUUUCUCCUCCAUUAAUGAUAAAUAAUAUACCACAAAAACUUUUCCUAUUAUUUGUGCCAGAAUGUCUUACCCAACUUAUUGAAUUACAAACAUCAAAACAAAGAGAAACUCUAGUGAUUAGAGUAAUCUAAAUUGUAGUGAAUAUCUUUGUUUUCAGCUGUUUAAUUGAGUUAAGUCAUUAAACCUGUGAAAGAAAAAUUUAAUAUUUCAUUGUGAUAGUUAAAUAGACAAAAGAAAACAAUGUAAUUAGAGUGUAUUAAGAUUUAUUAAUUAGUGUAAUAUCUAUUUCACAAGUUUAAUGGCUUCACUCUAGUCUAGUACUAUAYUGUGUGAUAUUUCGCACUAUUUGGUUUAGUACAUUUUCAUGCUUUGUGUUUGAACUCUAGAGUUAAAUUGCUUUGAAAGUAUACAUUCAAUGAUAUCAAUACUUAACUAGAAUUUUAUCAUAAUUUAACCUGUGAUAGUAUAUCUAUUUAGGCAUGUUGAGGGCCAUGGUUCACUGGCAUUCAUUUUUUUCUUAAAAGUUUUUAUUGUUGUUGUUGUUGUUUGUUUAUAUUGGAACAAAAAUACAUCAUAAAUGAGCAAAAAAGUACUCUUUUUUAAAUAUUUUUGCUCUAUAAAUGUAAUUUAUAAAUUUCAAACUUAAUUAUGCUGAUAAAUGGAUGGAUUGUGAUUGGAUAUAAUUUUCAAGUYAUUUCGUUUUCCAUGUACAUGUAUGAAAAAAACUACAAUAUCUAUAACAGCACUUUGAAAGCUGGUAGACCAUGGCCCUUUGAGAGACUGAAUUUCCACAAUUUUUCAUUUUUUCAUUACAAGCAUUUUUCAGGUAAUUUAAUUACUGCAGCACUCACUUGUUUAAACAGUGUCAUAUUUAAAGAUAUCAUAAGCAAAGAAGGCAAUUUGUACAGACAUUUAUUGAAAUGUACUUCACUUKAGUUUGCUUCAAAAUAUUUUCUGAGUGAGAUUAUCUAAAACUACACCAUUUGUGGAAAAUUUGACAUUUUCGUAAUAUGUAUAAAAUAUUUACCAGAAUUAKUAGUUGUUCAAAGGUUUUAAUAAAGUAUGUAUAGAUGAUCGA